AUGCAGCAGAAAACACGCCGCCAGAGCAAAUUCCCAGACGUCGAGGCGAGCCUUCAGGCCUCGACCCCUUCCAACUUCAAGACAUUCCGCCCUCUUCAACCAAGGCGGCUGGUCUCCGACCCUGUCGCAAAUAUCCUGUCGUACCUAGGCUCGCGCAACCCGUGGCCCCAGCCGGUCUCCAAGGACGACGAGUUGUGGCUAUUCGACAACACCGCCUUCGUCGCUACAACAAAAGGGAAGGACGGGAAAGAGACGCACACAUGGAACGCAGAAUUCGUUGCUGCUGUCUUCGAACAGGAUCCGUCGUGCACAGUCAGCGAUGUCGUCAUACAGAUCGCGGAUAAGAUCGGCUUGGCGGACGACGAUGAGGCCAAGAAGACCAUCGAGAAGAGGCUACGUCCGUUCCUGAUGGACAUACAGCCUGGGAAACAAGUCUUGGCUCUGUAUGGGGGAGAAACCCACCUCAAGCUCAGCUCUGGGAGCAGAAACGGGAUAAGCACCGACGUCAAGGCCAUACCAGCGGCCCCAGCAGGCAUGGGCGUUCCAACGACUGCCCAGGUGCCACAAGGCGUAACGGGUCUACUGCAAAGCAAGACAUUCUUUGCCGAUCCGGAAGGCUGGGCUGUGAUAUCAGACGUCGAUGACACCAUCAAGAUCACACAGACGAGCGACCCAAUCGGCAUCCUCCGAAGCACGUUUGUCAACAAACCCGAGCCUGUUGCUGGCAUGCCCGAGCUGUACAAAUUCAUCCAAUCCGAGAUCACUUCCGCCUCGCCAUGGUUCUACCUGUCCGCCUCUCCUUACAACCUCUACCCGUUCCUGCGGGAAUUCCGUGAUUCCUACUAUCCUCAUGGCCAACUGCUGCUUCGAGAUGCUUCUUGGAUGAGCAUACCUGGCCUGCUUUCCAACCUGACCCUCGGCACCGAGGGUUACAAGGUGGAUCGGAUGAAGAAGCUCCAUGGCUGGCUCCCCAAGAAGAAAAUGAUCUGCAUCGGCGACAGCACACAGAGCGAUCCCGAGGCCUACGGAGAGAUUUACCGCACACAUCCGGAAUGGGUCAAGGCCAUAUUCAUCAGGAAGGUGACGGACAUUGCUGCCGUCGGGAUCGAGGAGAAGAACAAGGACGAGAGGUUCCAGGCUGCGUUCAAGGAUGUGCCGACGACAGUCUGGCGCGUCUUCUCGGAGCCUGACGAGUUGUAUGAUGUUUUCAGGGAGCUCGUCGCCUCCAAGACUGCGUAG